CAGUCAAUUUCAGACGUGUUUCUUAGCAAUUUCGCUUAAAAUUUGUAGUAUUAGGAACAACAAUUCGAAAGUGUUGCUUCUGGCAGAAACUAAAAUAUACAUACAAAUGCAAUAAAAUGUCCAAUCUUGAAGAUUUCUUUUCCAAAAAGGAUAGCAAAAAGUCCAAAAAAAAUUCCGAAUAUUUGGCUGCUGAGGAGCUGUACAAAACGCUCGAAGAAUCAACGAAGUUGUCGUCGGAGGCCAACUCCAACUUUGAGCAUGCCUUCCAAUCGGAGGAGUUGGAAACUGCUUCUGUAGGAGCCACAGCCCCGCUUAAAUUCAGGAUCCGUUUCUCCGAUGAGGCGCACAGCGAAGAGGAUGAAUGGUCUGACUUCACCGAGGAGAAUCGUCGUAAAUUUACGAAUGUGCCACGCGCCCUACCGAUGGCGCUUAUCACCACUGCAACUGCCCCAUUCGCUGCUGGCGAUCUGAAAUCGGAGCCUGAACAGCUAGACACUGGAGGCGAUGGCAUUGAUGUUGGAUCGAAUGAAAGCGCGCUAACCACAACAUGUCCCUGGCAGAAGUCGGAGCAGGCUAACCGCGAGUCGGCCAAACAGAAUGAACACUCAGACGGGAAAGGGAAUCACACAGUGGCCAAGAAACAAAUCUACAUUCCUCCGGCUCUCCGCCAGAGCCAGGGCGACUUUAACAAACGAAAGGCUCAGCCGCAUCAGCGCAAGGGACCGUGUCCAAUUCCGGACAAGAAUCAAGCCCCCGAUCUCAACAGUCUGGAGUACUUUCCAUCACUGAGUGGCUCGAAGAUAUUCAAGCGCCCCAAGUAACAGCCGGGAUGCCUCUUUUCCUUCUGUUUGAAUUUAAGUUUGAGAUCAAAAAUCGCUUACAUAAUAAAAAAAAAAA